AUGAAGGAAUUAUUUUUCAUGUUUCAUGUGCUCCUCCUUGUGUCGUCUAUAUUAUCGUAUAAAAGUAGUGGCCUCAUGCCCAAGAUUAGAGAUAAUAUGUUGAAUGAGAGUAAGUAUAACGCUGAUGGUACUGAAAAUGAUUGCUGUGGCUGUGGAGAUGGGAAUGGUGGGGGAGGCUUGGGAGGUGAUGGUAGUAGUAAUUUUGGCGGUGGACGUGGUGGUGGACGUACGUGGUGUAACCGUGUAGGGGGCGGAGGAGGUGGCAGCGGCGGUGGAGGGGAUGCAGGGGGAUCUGGCGGAGGUUUUGGCUUUGGGAACAAUAAUGAAAAUAAUGGAGGCGGUGGCGGAGGGGGUGGAGGGGGUGGGGUUGGCUAA